CAAUUUCCACUGUCUUGUCCUUUCAAUAGCAGUUUCUCUCACUCGUAUCAGUCACUAUAUAUUUCUCCUUGCACCUCCCUCUUAUUUAUCUGUCAUCACCAACCACCACUAACCGACCGAUAUUCUGACUCUAAGCCCUCAUUUAAACUUUCUUAACUCACACUAUUCUAAAUUCUUUCGACACACGUUAUACUUAAUUUCUGUAUAAUUUUCCUAAUAUCUCUUCUCGUCAUCCGAUCUUACACGCUUGUAUUAUUUCAUUGACGUUCCUUAUAAAAUUUGACUUUUUACUUCUCCCUAAGGGAUUUACACGAACUUGUUGCUUACUAUCGUGCUUGGAUUUUUUUUUAAUUUUCUGAGCAGACGACCAAACGACCAGGUCGGGUUGUAGCUUUGACAUCACAGCUACUCCUCAUCUCAGAAGAUUUUUAAACGUCAAAAACAACAUCAACUACAUCGACAAUUAAUUUGCAAAGAAGACAACACCAGUGGUUCGACGUUUUUUACGGUUUUUAAAGAACACAGUCGGUUGCUAUAACACAUAUCAUAGCGGUCGUUAUUCGUGUGCAAUAAGAUAAAAAAACAACAACCAUGAAUCAUACUGACAUCAAAAAUCAAGCAGUAGUCCUUGAGGAUGGAAUAUAUCGAUCCACACUACUAGAAAACCCUGAUAAUCUGUUUGAUGCUGUUGAUGAGAACUUUUCUACAGCGCAUGAAUGUUUUUUGAGGGGUUUGGAAAUAUCACGCAAUAAACCAUUCCUGGGUAAACGAAGUGGUCCAAAUGGCGCAUAUGAAUGGAUAACUUAUCAAGAGGCUUAUGACAGAGCCCAUGAAAUUGGAAGUGGAUUGUUGCAGUUAGGAGUGAAAGCCGGUGUUGAAGAAAUUAUCAGUAUAUACUGCAAAAACAGAAUUGAGUGGACACUCAUUGACCUGGCUUGUGCAAUGUACACAGUGGUCCUUGCGGGGCUCUAUGACACAAUAAGUGCUGAAGCUUCAUCCUACGUCAUCGAACAAACGGAAAGUAAAGUUCUAAUAUGUGACAAUGUCAGUAAAAUGGACAAGUUGUUCAGUACAAAAAGUUCUUAUGAGAAUUUGAAGACCAUAGUUCUUGUGGAUCACCCUGGAGACGACUUCACUAAUGUCGAAAAGGAGAGAAACGUAAAAAUAGUUUCUCUGGAUGCAGUCCAAGAAAUGGGUAAAAAUAAUUUAGAAGAAUUAGUUCCACCAAAACCAGAAAAUUUAUUUUGCCUCUGUUACACAAGUGGUUCCACAGGUUUACCGAAAGGAGUCAUCACGUCUCACCGAAAUGUAACGAGUAUGGUUGUAUCAACUGAAAUACUGAUGAAAGGCCACAAUCCUUAUAAUCCAGACACAGUCAACUUUUCUUAUCUACCAUUACCACAUGCAUUUGAAAGAUUAAAUCAGUUACUGACGUAUACUAAAGGUGGCAGAAUUGGCUUUUUUCAAGGAGAUGUUAAAAAGUUAUUUGAUGACCUCCAGGAAUUGAAACCAACAAUAUUCACAGCAGUUCCACGAAUUUUGAAUCGUGUCUACGAUAAAAUACACAAUGAACUCAAAAGUCCCAUCAAAAUGAAAAUUCUGGAAUGGGCAUUGAGAAGUAAACAAGCUGAGGUCGAAAAAGGAAUUUUUCGAAAUAAUUCCUGGUGGGAUAUACUGAUAUUGAAAAAAAUCCAAACUUUAUUUGGUGGCAAUAUAAAAUACCUUGUUAUAGGAUCAGCCCCUAUUUUGGCAAAGAUUUUGAACUUUUUCCGUUAUGCUUUGGGUUGCCAGGUAUAUGAAGGUUAUGGCCAAACGGAAAGCACGGGAAUAGUCUCAAUAACUCUUCCAGGUGAAUGUGAUGCAGGUCAUGUUGGCCCUCCAGCCCCUAAUAAUUAUGUUAAACUGGUUGAUGUUCCGGAAGCUGGAUAUUUCCAAGCCGAUGGAAAAGGAGAGAUUUGCGUAAAAGGAAUGAAUGUGACAGGCGGAUAUUUCAAGCUUCCAGAGAAAACAGCAGAAAUAUUUGACAGUGAUGGUUGGCUUCAUACACAAGAUAUUGGCAUGUUCUUACCCAAUGGAACACUGAAAAUCAUUGACCGCAAAAAGAACAUAUUUAAACUUUCACAGGGUGAAUAUAUUGCACCUGAAAAGAUUGAAAAUAUUUACUUAUUAUGUCCAUUAAUAUCCCAAAUCUUUGUGGCUGGUGACAGUUUACAGUCCUACAUUGUCGCCAUAGUUGUUCCAAAUGAUGAGAACUUACUUGAACUAGCAAAGCUGAAAGGAAUAGAAGGAACAUAUGAAGAACUCUGUGACAACAAGGAAAUAAAGAACAUUAUUUUGACCGAUAUUCAAGAAAUAGGUAAAAAACAUGAUUUGAAAGGUUUUGAACAGGUAAAGGCUAUCACUCUCACUUCGGUCCCAUUCGGAAUUGAAAAUGGUCUCAUUUCAGCGACACUGAAGAAUAAACGAUUCCAAUUAUUGAAAACUUUUCAGCAACAAGUUUCAGAUAUGUACAAAAUCAGCAAUGGUUCUUAGGCAACAUUUUUGUGUCCUUUGAGUCAUUAUAACAACAUUUUCUCUAUUUUCUUAUACAUCAUUGUACCAUACUUUCUCUCAAUAGAAUUUCUGCCACAAAUUUAUACUAUUUGGUUGUCAGAUGAAAUUGUUUUGUUUUUGUUUCUCCUACUUGGUAAUUCAAUGCUACAUGUCUGAAACGAAGUAAGAUUCAUUCAAACUUCUAUAACGAUAAACGAAAAGUUGUUGAGAAAGAGUAAAGCUACAAAACAAAAAUAACAAAUAAAAGGCAUAUAACAUUAUAAUAUAAACAAUUUGUGUUUAUUCAAAUAACAUUGGAAAGGAUUGAAAUAAAUGGAAGAAAAGGGAAACAAAUUUAUCUGAGAACCUAAUAAUUUGCUGUGAUGAAUGCUGUAAAUGUAAACAAAUACUUAAGUUUCCAA